AUGGACGUGCCGGUUGUGGUACUGGGCGCCGGAGAUGGUGGCGUCGAAGAGCUGCAGCUGUGGGUGGAUGACUCUUCCGUGCAAUGGGCUCUGCUCGAGUUCUGCGUUGGCCAGGGUCCUUUGGCUCGUCAGCGCAUGAUUUUCCUUCACGUGAAUGGAGAGAGAUGUUCGCCCAUAGCCCGCGGCCGUGCGAACGAGCUUACACCUGAGGUGCAACGCUUGAUGCGGGAGGGCUUGGAGAUGGGAGAGGCGUUUCACGCCACAGUGGAGGUCAAAACAGCAGAGGAGGUAAGCCUGUCCAAUUUGCUCGAGCGGGUGCUUCCAUUCUUCACUGUGGACGGAUCUGACGGCUAUACAGUCAAGUGGCUGCACUCCCAAUAUGAACAGCAGCUGUCUUCCGCCAAAGCUGCAGGAAUUGCAGCGACUUCCUCAGAGCCAAGAAGUACCACCGAUGCAGGGCGGAAGUCCGGCAGCGAUGUUGUGGAGAGAGGUGCCUAUCAAGCAUCAGCCUCCAGCUUGUACAACGGCCGCGAUGCCUUGAAAGCAGUGGGUGAGCCCAUGGGCGCGUGGAACUGGGUCUUCUUCCAGGCUGAUCCUGUCAACCUGAAAGUUGUGGGUGGUGGAAUCGGGAGCCUGGAGGAGAUGAAAUCCUGCUAUGAAUCGCAUCCGACUGACGUACUUUUCGGCUUGCUGCGCUUGGGAUUCGGCGAGGGGCGCCUGCGACGGACGAAGUACGUCUUCAUACAUGCGGUUGGUGCGAAGGCACCAGUGGUAGCACGUGGGAGACUGUCGGCCGAGAGACCGAAGAUGGAGGAGGUCUUUGGACAGUUCGCAAGUGCUUCGGUCACGAUGGAGAUUCAGCACCUUGCAGACCUCACGCUGGACAGCGUUGUGGAAAGGGUGCGGCGUGCUACCACCGUCGAUGACGACAUUCUUGGACGGGAUGCUGGCUCCCCCUCAGUCUUUUCUGUCGAAGCGUUUCAAAAAGCACUGCAGGAGGAAAAGCUCGGGCGGGCUGCCGAGCUUCAGACGCUCCGGCGCCGGAGCACCGGGCUGGGUACUGGCCUGCCUGCAGAUCUUGUCUCGGAAUGGGCUGCGCGACCUUUGUCGGAAGUAGUUUCGCUGGUUCACAAAGUUGGUGGGCCGCUCAACUGGGCCCUUUUCGCCCCAGAUCCAACUUGGUUAAGUCGUAGGCGCACGGUGAAGACCACUCAGGCGUCCUUGCUACCAGAUCAAGUCGCUGCUCCUAGCGGCGGCUAUCUUAGAGCAGAGGAGCCAGACAGCGCUACCAAAGAAACUGAAAUAAGCUGCACGUCCACUGCCGCAGACAGCCCAAUCACGCCAGCACAGGAGCAGCCAGAUGCUCAAAGUGAUGAGGACACGCCCCGAGGAAGCACCAUGUCGUUCUACCAGCUAAACCACACAGCUCAUCGAAUUUCCGGGCCCCUGCUGAAGCAAUCCAGUGCUUGGCAUGGACGCUGGCAGCUCCGAUGGAUGGAAGUAAAAGGCCGGACAUGA